CCAGCUUAUUCCUCGAGACCCGAUUGAUACCCUGCUGCAGAUUAUAUUUAAAAGCCCAGACCUGGCCUUUGUCACUUCACCAAGCCCUAUAUAUAACUCAAAUCACCAGAUCUUUUCUGUUUGGCACGAUAUUAGAGUUAAAUCUGCUCAACGAUGGAGACCACCCUAGCCGCGGCACGAUAUGGAAAGGAGAAUGUCAAGGUGUGCAAGGUCCACCGUGAUACCACAACUGGUUGGCAAACAGUCACGGAAAUGACAGUCAGUGUGUUGCUGGAGGGUGAUAUUGAAAGCUCAUACACCAAAGCCGACAAUAGCGUCGUUGUUGCAACGGAUUCUAUGAAAAAUACCAUAUAUAUAUUGGCCAAACAGCAUCCUGUCACUUCUCCCGAGCUUUUUGCGUCUAUUAUCGGGAGUCAUUUCAUAGAGGCAUAUAAACAUAUUCAUGCGGCGCAUGUCAAUAUCGUUGCUCAUCGGUGGACAAGAAUGGCUAUCGACGGAAAGCUACACCCACAUUCAUUCAUGCGCGAUGGUAUGGAUGUCCGAAUCGCAGACGCCGAUGUCAUUGAGGGCAAGGGGAUUGAAAUCAAAUCUUCGAUCUCUGGCCUUCUCCUUCUAAAGAGCACAGGAUCCCAAUUUCACGGAUUCAUACAAGAUGAAUUCACCACGUUGCCUGAAACCUGGGACAGGAUUUUAAGCACAGAGAUUGAUGCGAAUUGGACUUGGAUGCCAUUUGAAAACCUCGACCAUGUCAAGUCCGUAGUUCCUAAAUUUGACCGGGCCUUCUCUUCGGCGCGAGAUAUCAGCUUAAGGCUCUUUGCGCAAGAUGAUAGCGCAAGCGUGCAAAACACAAUGUAUAAAAUGGCUAGUGAAAUCCUUGGCACUGAGCCGUUGCUGAAAACUGUGUCGUACUCGCUUCCGAACAAGCAUUACCUUGAACUAGGUCUGAGCUGGCACAAAGGACUGAAAAAUGUUGGUAAAGAUGCAGAAGUAUAUGUGCCGACCUCGGCGCCGAAUGGCUUAAUUCAAUGCACGGUUGCGCGUGGAACUGACCGCUACAUACGGGCGACAACUUCAAAGCUCUAACCAGGGUCCUUGAGCUUGAGCCGUGAUGCUGGAACCUUUAAAAACCUAAGCAGGAGCGCUGUACACCUGACUUGUUUAGUCCCGUUCGUAAAUCAAAUAUCAUACAAG